AUGGCGCCUAUCCAGUUUGGUGUUAUCAUGAUACCAUUUCAACUCAUCGACGUUGCAGGCCCCGUGGAUAUCCUAUGCAGCUCCUCUGUUCCUUAUCUAAGGGGAUUCGGCAAUCCCGGCCUAGCUGAACGUGGUAUCGAUAUCGAAUUCCACUAUAUCGGCGAGGGAAUGGACCCUGUAACCCAUAAUUCAGGUUACAAAUCCCUGCCUACAACGACUCUGUCUACUUGUCCUAAGCUUGAUUAUCUCCUAAUCGGUGGUCCUGGGCCGGACUAUCUCAAAUCGAUCCCGCCAGCGAUAGCAAGCUUUGUGUGCGAACGAGCCGACGAAGUCAAGACCGUAUUCACUACUUGCACCGGCGGCAUCGUUGCUUCCGCGUUCGGUCUCCUGGAUGGCCUGAACGCCACGACGAACCACGAAGCCAUGGCGCUCGCGCGGGAACUUGGACCCAAUGUCAAGUGGACGGCAGAAAAGAAUUGGGUCGUUGACGGCAAAUUCUGGACUGCUGGUGGUGCAUGCGCUGGCAUGGACAUGAUGGCUCAUUGGGUCAUGGAGAAUUACGGAAAGGACAUAGCCGAAGCCGGAUUUGCAGCUCUUGCGUAUGAGCCUCGCGAUGUGGAUGGAAAGCAGGUUAUCUUAAGAAGGCAUGCUUCAGAGUGA